AUGCUAUUCUUCGAUUCUAUUUUACGAGUCUAUAAUAGUGUUAUCAGCCCGCCCAUAACACCGAGGAAGAGGGACGAUGCUAUCCGCAUCGGCCUCAUUGGGGCAAGUACCAUAGCACCGUUCGCAGUGAUCACACCAGCAAAAUCACAUCCCGAUGUCAUCGUGGCCGCUGUGGCUGCGCGCGAUAUAAAUCGUGCUGAAGCAUAUGCUCGAAGAUAUGACAUUCCGGUUGUUCAUUCUACGUAUCAGGCUCUACUCGAAGAUCCGUCCAUUGAUGCCGUUUACAUUGCAUUGCCAAACAGCUACCACUAUGAAUGGUCACUUCGCUCAGUGCAAGCCGGCAAGCAUGUCUUGCUAGAAAAGCCCUCUUGCUCUAAUGCUACCGAAGCUAAGAAGCUAUUCAAACACCCACUAAUAACCGCCCCGAAUGCACCGGUACUUUUAGAAGCAUUUCACUAUCAGUUCCACCCUGCAUGGCAAACUUUCUUAACUCAAGUACACCAGUCCCCCGGCUCUAUUGAAAGUGUUUCCUCUCAGUUUUACCUACCCCGUCUACUGUUGGGGAAAGACGACAUUCGCUUCAAAUACUCACUUGCGGGAGGUUGCUUGAUGGAUGUUGCAACCUAUUGCGUGUCUAGUGUACGCCAAAUAGUGGGACGACAAAUCAGAUUGACCCCAGUCAAUAUUGAUCAUCGUCCUUUGUCUAUAUCGUCCAAUGAAGAGCCACAAAUCGACGAAGCCGUGACGGCAACAUUCCUCACGCCUAACUCCCAAAUCGUUCGAAUUCAAGGAGACCUGGCCUCGGCAGGAGGUUGGUUCUCUUUAUUGCCCGCUUCUUGGACAAAGGCUCUACCUACUUUGCGAUGGCCCAUGAGUGAGGCCGUGUUCGAGCCGGUGCUGGUUGAGUCUAUCGUGCAGGAAGAUGGCGUCCCACUUCAACAUGUAUUCAAGCGAACCGUCAGGAUCUGGAACCAUAUGAUUCCUUAUAUCUACCACCGAAUCGAUACAUCGGACCAGCAUACCCUUCAACGAGGCGAAGAGGUUAUCAGAUCCUGGAACGAAACCAGCUAUAAAAAGGCGUACAACUGGCCGAGCGGAGACAAGCGUGCUGCAGUAUACAAGGACUGGUGGUCUACCUAUCGGUGUCAGUUGGAGGAGUUUGUAAACAAGAUCAAGGGUCGCCAAGGAUCUGGGGUUUGGAUCGAUGGAGAAGAGAGUAUUGCGCAAAUGGAGACUAUCGAUAGAGCUUAUGAAAAAGCGGGACUUGGACCUCGUCCUACUAGUAAUUUCGAGAUUUAA